GGAGCUGAGUCACGGGAGCGCGCUGGGGGCGGAGCGGGGAGGGGCUGCCCCACUGCAGAGGGGGCUGGCCCCGGGGCAGCCUCCCGGCCGUGCCGGUCUGCCGGCCACGCCGCACCGCUCCUGCGCUGUGCCGCCGCGGCGCUGGGCCCGGCCACUGCGGAGCUGGUUGCAGGAAGUAGAGUGUCCCCGCUCGCCGCAGAGGCCCCGCCCCCACCCCGCCCACCCGCGCCGCUGGGCCCCGCCCCGGGUGUGAAGGCGGCUGCGCGCCAGGCCUGGGGGGCGUGGCCUAGGCCCGCCCGCCCUGUGGGAUGCGCGGCGCGGGCGGCGUGGGCCGUUGGCGUGGCUUGGGCGGUUGUCCUGGAGAAGCAAGAUGGCGGCGACGGCGGCGGCCCCGGUGGUGGCGGAGGAGGACACGGAGCUGCGGGACCUGCUGGUGCAGACGCUGGAGAACAGCGGGGUCCUGAACCGCAUCAAGGCUGAACUCCGAGCAGCUGUGUUUUUGGCCCUCGAGGAGCAAGAAAAAAUAGAGAAUAAAACUCCUUUAGUCAAUGAAAGCCUGAAAAAGUUUUUAAACACAAAAGAUGGCCGGCUGGUGGCUAGUCUGGUGGCGGAGUUCCUUCAGUUCUUCAACCUUGACUUCACCUUGGCCGUCUUCCAGCCUGAAACCAGCACGCUUCAAGGUCUGGGCGGCCGGGCGGAGCUGGCCCGGGACUUGGGCAUCGCUGAGGCGGACGGCGCCGUGGGGGGGCCCCUGCUGCUGGAGGUGCUCAGACGCUGCCAGCAGAGGGGGGCGGGGCCGGCCGGCGGGCAGGGUGCGCUGGACGUGGCUGCUGCCGGGCACCCUCCCCCCGCGCCGCCGGAGGGAACCGCGAGUGAGCACUCGGGCCCCAGCAAGAUACCGAGGUACAAAGGCCAGGGUCAGAAGAAGACGAGCGGGCCGCGGCCUGGUGCGCAGGCCGGCAGCGAAGCCAGCCACAGUGAUGCCAGCACCUCCUCGUCAGAACCACGGGGCAAAGGCAGUCUCCAGCCGCCGGCCCACGAAACCGGAGUCGGGUCCUCGCUGAACACCAGGAGCAAUGGCGCCGAGGCUCCGGCGGGCCCCGGCCCGCAGGACGGCGACUCGGACGGGGACUCCUUCUUCGACGACCCGGUCCCGAAGCCCGAGAAGACCUACGGCUGGAGGAGCGCGCCCGGGGAGCAGCGCGGAGGAGACCCGGCCUCGGGCUCGGGCGAGCCCCCCUCGCAGAGCGGACGCGGCGCCCUCGCGGGAGCCCCCUCGCUGGCAGACACAGAGAGUGAAAGAGGAAACACGGUGCUGAAAGGCCUGAAGCUGGUCAACGACAGAACUGGGUCCCUGGGACUAGGGACCGGCGGCGGCGAGGACGACUAUGCUGACGACUUCAGCAGCACCAGCCACCGCUCCGGGAGGAGCGGGCUGAGCCUCGGCGAGGAGAUUGAGGAGGACCUCUCCGUGGGGCUGGACGACGCCACCGCCAGCGACAAGCUGGACGACCUGACACAGGACCUGACGGUGUCCCAGCUCAGCGACGUGGCCGACUACCUGGAGGACGUGGCGUGCGCCUGAGGGGCGCGGGGCCGUGGCCCCCGCAGGACAGGGCCCCGCCGGCACCACUGUUUCUGGACCGUCCCCCCUGGCUGGACCGCCUGCUCUCCGUCGGUGCCGGGUACUUCCGAAGACUGUGGAUAUUUUUAAAGUUACCUUUCGUCGUGCUAAACAAGAUACUUCCUGUGAGCCCCUGUGUGGGAGGUCGGAUCGUCUUAACUUGGUUCGCCAACACGUUUUGCUGCGGCGGUUGAUGACACACGUCCACGGCCGGGAGCGAGCCUGUGGACACCGCGGCGUUAGGAGCCGAGUGCAGGGUGUGCCCGCAGCUCUGCGUGGCCUCGGCCGCUCAGCGAGUUGCUGUGGGCGGCGCAGGGGGCCCGGGCGCCCCGCCACCCGCACAGGCCGGUGGGGGGGG